CAAUACUAAACCCUUCUGAAAGUGGCGCCUCUAUAUUCCCUCCUUACCGACGAACCCACCCCACCUGCCUCACACGCCGAAGCCCACCGUCCAGCCUCGCCGCAUUGCCGGCAGCCUGCCUCGCCUGCUCUCCUUCCGCACUGCCUCGCUGUCAGGUAUUUCUUCAGUAAUGGGGAAGAAGAAAGCAAGGAAGAUAAUGGAGAGUGAUAGUGAUAUGGGAUCGGACGAAGAAAUGACCGACAGUAUUAUGCAUAUGGAAAGUGAUGAUGGCAACAAAGAUGAUUUUCACGAUGAAGAUCAAGAUGACUAUAUUGGUGAUGAUAGUGAAGACGAAGAUCGGGAUGAGGAUGAUGAAGAGGAUGAGGGGGAGGAAGGCUCAGGAGAGGACAACAAGGAAGGAGAACAUGGCGAUGAAGAUGUCCAGAAAGGCGAGGAGCUGGACGAACUGGAGAAAGAAUAUAGAGAACUUCAAAGCCAGGAGCAAGACAUUUGGAGGAAUCUAAAGUAUCGUACAGAUGAGGACAUUCAAAAAGGUCAAGCUGUAAAAAAUCAAAGGGCUCUCUGGGAUAAGACACUUGAGCUCAGAUUCUUGCUGCAGAAACCAUUCUCGAGUUGUAAUAGACUUCCAGAGGAAAAGGUUAAGUCCUUAUAUUGUGAAGCUGAUAAUGAAGUCAGUGAAGCAUAUUCAGAUCUAAUUGCUUCAUCAAAGAAGACAUUGGAUUCUAUACUCGAGUUGCAGCAGGCUCUGAUGUCAAACAAUCCAUCUAUCACUCGAUUUGAAGAAGGUAAUCCUGUGGGUGAUUCCAAGCAAUUAGAUGUGCCAGGCGUCUCAGAUGGGAAUAUUGAUGAAGAAUGGAUUCAGAUUUCCAAAAUACAAUCAAGAAUGAAUUUGUUUAGAAACAAGUCAGUUGACAAAUGGCAUAGGAAGACCCAGGUGACAACUGGUGCAGCUGCUAUUAAGGACAAAUUGCAUGCCUUCAAUCAGAGUAUAAGUGAACAAGUGGCUGCUUACAUGAGGGAUCCAAGUAAAAUGAUCAAGGGGAUGCAGCAGAAUAGAUCGGCUGUUGCUGUAUUUGGAAAUGUGCCAUGCUAUGCGGAGAAUGUUAAGCAAGAGGAGACUUCCACAAAUGGUGAUCCUGAACUUCUGGAUGACUCAGAAUUUUACCAGCAACUACUGAAAGAAUUCUUUGAGACAGUUGACCCAUCAUCAUCUGAAGUGGCUUUCUACGCUCUCAAAAGAUUGCAAACAAAGAAAAGAAAGAUUGUUGAUCGUCGUGCUUCAAAGAGUCGCAAGAUUCGGUAUCAUGUUCAUGAAAAGAUUGUCAAUUUCAUGGCUCCUCGGCCCGCUGACAUCCAUCCUACGGCCACAAAAUUAUUUGAAAACUUGUUUGGCCUUAAAUCUCAGAAAUCUGCCUCUGUAUCAUAACAAGCUAUACACAUACACUAAGAUGGCUCCUUAACUUGAGUUUCCGUAAAACAACACUGACCGUGUCGGCCUGAAAGGAAGGGUAAUGCUGAAAGCGUGAGAGUCUCCAAGGAUCGAUAUGGCGGAAUUUGCAAAUUGUAUUAGUUACAUGUUUGUUCAUCAAGUUUUUGUGUUUUAGUUUUAAUAUCAUAUUUAAGAAUUACUACUAGACUCUCCAUCUCUUUUGUUAUACGAGAGCUAAAUUUUGUUUCAA